AUGCCGUCCCCCACGUGCUACCUCCUCCUGAACCCCUCCAGGACCUGCCACCGCCUCCUCCCGCCGUCUCCGCGCCUCCCCGCCCGCUGCGCCCGCCUCCGUGUCUCCUGCGACGUGCCGCGGCAGGGGGGUGACGACCGCGGCGGGCCCAAGCGCGGGGUCAUCCCCGCCGGACCCGGAAAGGGCAAGAAGCAGGUCGUGUUCUUCGACGCCGCGCCGCCGGUGGCCCAGCAGGGAGACGGCGAGGAUGGGAAGGGGAAGGCGCCGGAGGUGAAGAAGGACGGCGCGGCGCUGCGGGCGCUGAGGCGCGCCACCAAGCGGACGCUGUCGGUCCUGUCCAACCUCCCGCUCGCCAUCACCGAGAUGUUCGCCAUUGCCGGCCUCAUGGCCCUGGGCACGGUGAUUGACCAGGGAGAGGCGCCGAGCCACUACUUCGAGCAGUUCCCCGAGGACAACCCGGUGUUCGGCUUCAUCACCUGGAGGUGGAUCCUCACCCCCGGCUUCGACCACAUGUUCUCCUCGCCGGUCUUCCUCGGCUUACUCGCGCUCCUCGCGGCGUCGCUGAUGGCCUGCACCUUCACCACCCAAUUGCCCAUGGUGAAGGUGGCGAAAAGAUGGUCGUUUAUGAGUUCAGGGGGAAGCAUUAGGAAGCAAGACUUUGCGGAAUCUCUUCCCCGCGCAUCUAUUCAGGAUUUGGGGGUCAUCUUGAUGGGUGCCGGAUAUGAGGUCUUUACUAAGGGCCCGUCUUUGUAUGCCUUCAAGGGCCUUGCUGGUCGGUACGCGCCGAUUGGCGUGCACGUGGCGAUGAUUUUUGUCAUGGCAGGUGCCACGCUUUCUGCGACCGGAAGCUUUAAAGGCUCGGUGGAUGUCCCCCAAGGACUGAAUUUCGUCAUUGGAGAUAUCAUGAAACCCAAAGGCAUUUUCUCAGUCGCACCGGAUGUUUUCAAUACUGAAGUCCAUGUCAACCGGUUCUACAUGGAGUACUAUGAUAGUGGAGAGGUUUCACAAUUUUAUAGCGAUCUUUCACUUUUCGACCUUGAUGGCAAAGAAGUAAUGAGGAGGACGAUCAAAGUUAAUGAUCCCCUGAGGUAUGGUGGGAUCACGAUAUACCAAACGGACUGGGGGUUUUCAGCAUUACAGGUGAAGAAAAAUGGUGAAGGACCUUUUAACUUGGCAAUGGCACCCUUGCAACUGAAUGGCAAUAAAAAGCUAUACGGAACAUUCUUGCCACUUCAAGACUCUGAUUCUUCAGGUGUCAAGGGAAUAUCAAUGCUUGCUCGAGAUCUUCAGUCUAUUGUGUUGUAUGAUCAAGAUGGCAAGUUUGUAGGAGUUCGCCGGCCAAGCUCUAAACUCCCUAUUGAAAUCAAUGGCAAUGAAAUAUUAAUUGAGGAUGCUAUUGGCAGUACUGGUCUGGAUCUCAAGACUGAUCCAGGAAUUCCUAUCGUGUAUGCUGGAUUCGGUGCGCUCAUGUUGACGACCUGCAUUAGCUAUCUUUCGCAUGCUCAGUUAUGGGCGCUGCAAGACGGAACUACAGUAGUUGUCGGAGGGAAGUCCAAUCGAGCCAAAAUUGAAUUUUCUGAUGAGAUGAACCGGUUACUUAAUAAAGUACCAGAGUUGGUUAGUGUUGGUGAGAAAACAGUAGAUAAUAAAUCAAGUACUGCGUGA